AUGACAUUCACUUAUCCUCCGCCGUCGACCUCUUUCGCUAAACUGUCGUUCCCUGCGCCGCGAGUGGUGCUGGUAACCUAUUCGCGCCCGGAGAAAUUGAACUGCACGACUGCGGCCGACGUGCUCGAGAUCACUGCGAUAUUCCGGUGGAUCGACCAAGAACCGUCUCUGUCCGUGGCCAUCCUCACGGGCGCGGGUAAGGCCUUCUCGACAGGUGCCGACCUGAAAGAAUGGGCGGCGAAAGUCAGCGGUGCCGGUGCCAGCGCCAAACCAGGUGCAGGACCAGGUGACGUCCCCGGGGCAAUCCCCAUGUCCAAUCGCGUUGGCAAGAAGCCGGUCAUCGCAGCUGUGAACGGCAUGGCGCUCGGCGGGGGUUGCGAGACUGUGGUAAACUGUGACCUGGUGGUCGCUGCCGACACGGCCACGUUCGGCCUGGUCGAGGUCAAGCGUGGCGUGGCGCCCUACGCCGGGGUGCUGCCGCGACUCAUUAGAACCGUGGGACUGCAGAGGGCAAGUGAGUUUGCCUUAACCGGCGCAGUCAUCAGCGCGCAGCAGGCGGAGAACUGGGGGUUGGUCAAUAAAAUCGUCCCGCAGCAGGACGUGGUCAAGGAGGCCGUGAGGUAUGCCGAGUUAAUUGCCGAGAACAGUCCUGAUUCUAUCAUCUGCACGAGAGCUGGGCUGAGGCAAGGCUGGGAAACUGCCAGUGUCGUGGAGGCUACGGCCGUGACGGGACAGAAGGAGUGGGCAGAACUGCAGAAGGGAGAGAACAUUCUCGAGGGGCUGAAAGCGUUCAAAGAGAAGAGGAAGCCUGUAUGGAAGGCCGCGCGGCUGUGA